AUGGGGACCAGCCGGAAAGGGGACGCCAGCGGGCCCGCCCCGGCAGCCUCCCGCUUCCGGCCUGGAGCUUGGGCCACGCCCCCUCUUUCCGCACGCAGGCGCAGCAAUGCCCACGCUUGGCCCCACCCCUUGCCCGCGUUCUCACUCAGGCCGUCCCGCCCACCUGUGCUGACACUGCCUUUGGCCGCUGGAACGGGCUCCCGCGGGGUGGUUGAGAGGCUCAACCUCCCUUCUGUGGGAAGGAUAGGGGACACACCAUAUGUUACCUCUCUGCCCUCACAUCUUCCAUCCCAGGCCCAGUUGGAGGGCCCUUUGGGGUCCCAGGUAGAGGAACCAGUUGGCCGCCUGCCACUGGAGCCAUCACCUGGGCCAGACAUGAGGUGCUGGUGGCAGAUUUUUGUCUUGUGCAUCUUCUGGAUACUCCUCUUAUGGCUGAUGGACCCCUGCCUGGAUCUGAAGACUGACUCAACACCCCAGGAAAAAUGGAUGGACAUGGCACCACAGCAUUGCAGCUGCCCUUGUUUCAAAUUCAGGCAAUGUGGCUGCCUGUCCGGGAGUCUCAAUCACUCAGUCUGCCACCACACGGCUGGAGAGCGCUGGUUUGAUGCAGUCUAUGAGAAGAUGAGGGGGUCCCUGAUGGGAGCAGCAGAGUCCAUGUGCCCUGGUGCUGUGCUCUGGUGGUCGGACCUGAACACAGCAAGUGAGCUGGGCAGAGUGUGGAAGAAGCUGCUCAAGGUGAUUCCCCCACCUUCAAUGAGCCAUUUUGAUUUCUUCUGUGGGACUUGUGCCCUGAUGGGGAAUUCAAAGAUCCUGCGGACUGCCAGUCUCAGCAACAACGUCAACCAACCCAGCAUGGUCUCCAGGAUGAACCAGGUCCCUGUUCAGGGCAUUGAGCUGCUGGGGAACCAAACCACGAGAUGCUCCGUCUCCCACAGGAAUGCCAGGGGCCAGGGUUCUUGGAGGCAGGUGCUGCUGCUGCUCCUGCAGCUCUUUGAUCUCGCAUGGACUUCAGAUGCUCUGAGUGAGGAGAUAGUGGUCUGGGAACCCAGACAUUCUUAGUGUGGCAGAUUUCUGAAGGCGGUCCAGUUCCCUAGUAGAAUGGAAGAUAGAAAAGACCAGGAUUCCCGCUUUGGAUCUGGAUCAGAAAAGCAAAGGAGGUGGUCCCCUUACUGGGAGGAUGUUCAUCAGACCAACAGAGAUUCUGUCCAUGCUCAGUAAGAAGCAGAAAUGGAGGUCAGCUAGAGUGGACAAGCUCGCCGUUCACACAAGUCCACACAAGUCCUUGUCCUUUGGGCCUGAAUGCAGGGGAGUCUUGGAGUUGCAGCAGGACUCUGGGGAUGUUCAGGGAUAAAGGUCAAGAGGAAAUUGUAUAGUGAUCAGUCUGGUACUGAAUAAAAUCCUGGCCUGACUCUCCUACCUUC